ACGGACUCCAACAUGAAGCCAAAAGUUGCACAAAUGGCAACUUCUUCAAUUGAAAGCCAAAAAAACACAAUUGGAAGGCUUUUAAAGGCAACUUUAAGAAAAGGCGACGAAUGGUACCUCAUCGACACCCAGUGGUUCAAACAAUGGAAGAAAUAUGUGGGAUUUGAUACCUGGGAUAUGUACAAUGUUGGGGAUCGUAGUAUCUAUCCAGGACCUAUUGAUAUCUCUGGGCUGUUCUCUGACCAGGUGACUCAGGCCCUGAAAGAACACCUAAUAGAUCAGAUGGAUUAUGUCCUCGUACCCACGGAUGCAUGGAAUAAGCUUGUCAGCUGGUACGGCUGCCUUGAAGGACAGUCACCCAUUGUUAGAAAGGUAAUUGAACAGGGCAUGUUUGUGAAGCACUGUAAGGUGGAAGUCUACCUGCUUGAACUCAGCUUGUAUGAAAAUAACAACAUGGAAAAGGUUAUCAAACAGCACUUUAGUAAGGCUGAUACUAUAGACACUAUAGAGAAGAAGAUGCGCACGUUGUUCAGUAUCCCUACAAAGAAGGAGACCCAACUCUGGAGUAAAUACCUCAGCAACAUCUAUGAGCAGCUGACCAACCCAAAGUGCACUGUGCAGGAUGCUGGUCUUUUCCAUGGACAGCUGAUUGGGAUUGAAGUGAAGAAUGAGGAUGGCACUUGGCCAGGACACGUUUUACAUCCCAAAUCCAGUCCACCUCCACCAGAGAAAAGAACCACCCAAAAACUUCCCUUAAACCCAUCAUUUAGUUCAUCCCCACCAUUUGCCAUCAGCAACAACAGUCCUGGUUAUGCUUUUAACAACAGCCAUCCCUCCAGCAACAGGAAGGAGACCAACAUCACUUCAGCAAAGGUCCAGGAAGAUAAACAGCCCAAGGAGGUUGAGGCCAAUCUCUAGUGACUCACUUUUCAACACAGAAGGCUGACAGGAAGGGGGGGAGAGACAUGAGGCAAAGGACCGUGGGUUGGAGUCGAACCCAGGUCAACCGCGCUGAGGACUGAGGAUUCCGUACAUGGGUCGCACUACCCGCUGCGCCACCAGCGUGUCAGAUGACAACAUUUCUAACGGAAAAAAAAAGCUUUCUAAACCAACCUGGUCCUAUUUGUAAAAGCACUGAUGUUGUUGUUGUUAAAUUGUCAUCUUCAGCUGUGAUCAACCUCAUGUUUUGGAAAGCAGAGUUAAAUUUUACCAGCAACAAGAAGGCCUGAUAACUCCCUGAACUCCAUAUUCAAGAAAUCACUUAAUAUAGCUCGACUUGCAGUGUGACGUAGGGUGAAAGAUCUCAAAAAGCAGCACAUAAUUCUGCGAACUAAAGGUAUUCAAGAACAGGUGAGAAAUAUUGUCGAUCAUAUCUAUUAGUCUGAAACCAUACAAAGCCAUUAAGGCUUUGGGACUCCAGUGAACCAAAGUGAGAGCCAUUAUCCACAAAUGGAGAAAGCAUCAAGAGUGGAGAACCCCUCAAGGAGUGUCUGAUCAAAAUGACUCCAAGAGUCCAUCAUCGACUCUUCCAGGACUCUAGGCUCACAAAGAAACCAAAAAACAUCUAAAUUACUGCAGAUCUUACUUGCCCCAGUUGGGAAUGCAAUGAUCCAAAACACAAUAGCAAGUCCACUUAGCAAUAGUUUAAACUGAAAAGGUUUUGAAGUAAAAACAUGAAUCCUCCUUUAUGUUAAUCAUGAAAAAAUCUUCCAUGUCAAGGAGAAAAUACACCAGAUGCGUUACAACACGUAAGCUCAGCAAAGCAGCAUGCGCGCUACCUACGCAUAGCUUUCCGUUUUGAUCAGUGAAGAUAUUUACGCAAGAUGCGUAAUAUGUGCGUUUAUCGUUACGCAACGCCUAAAUUAUUUUGAA